CAUUGACUUAAGCAUUAGUGUAAGUCGUAAGAUCAUAACUAAUUUCUGAAAAUUCCACAAAAUAUUUUGUAUUUCUAAAAGCAUUUAUCAUGCCAGUCCCAGGGGGCCUUUAUCAAAAUCAAGGACCUACUUGUUUUGAUAAAAUGAAAAUGGGUUUUAUGAUAGGAUUUUGCGUAGGCAUGGCAAGUGGAGGUUUAUUCGGCGGGUUUACCGCUUUAAGAUAUGGUGCUAGAGGCCGUGAACUAGUUCAUUCUGUUGGCAAAGUAAUGCUUCAGGGCGGUGGAACUUUCGGUACAUUUAUGGCAAUCGGAACAGGAAUUCGCUGUUAAUAUAUUAUAAAUUAUAAUUGUAAAUACUUUUCCCUUAAAAUGUAGUAACAUUGGUUUAAUUAUAAAUAAAGUUUUUUUUAGGAU